GCCUUGACGUCAAGGUGUUCACGUGAUACAGUUUGUUACAUCGCUCUGUGUUUGGACACAUCAGGAACAGCACUGUCCGCUUCAGUUGAUCAUUCUCGGCAUUCUCCAGCCCUGAAAAUGCCUUCUGACAAGUCGUUCAAACAGAGAAGAAGCUUUGCUGACCGCGUUAAAGAAGUCCAACAGAUUAGAGACCAGCAUCCUAACAAGAUACCAGUAAUCAUUGAGCGAUACAAGGGAGAGAAACAGUUGCCAGUGUUGGACAAGACCAAAUUCUUAGUUCCGGACCAUGUCAACAUGAGUGAACUUGUCAAGAUUAUUCGGCGCAGACUACAGCUGAACCCCAACCAGGCCUUCUUCCUGUUGGUCAACCAAAGGAGUAUGGUCAGCGUCUCAACCUCCAUCUCGGAGAUCUACGAACAGGAGAAGGACGAGGACGGCUUCCUUUACAUGGUCUACGCCUCUCAGGAAACCUUUGGGUGCUGAGGAUCGACUCAAGCGGCAGACUCACGGCAAAAGAUCCCUGCAAUUCAUUAACUGGUCGUGGAAGAGAAUUUCACUGUGUUUUUAAAAAAGAAAACAAAAAAAGCAAACCGUCAGGAUUUCCAUCCUGCAUUCUGUCAUUCACACGUACUAAGGUCGCAUAGUGUACCGGGUGAUGUAAAACAUUGAACAGCCUUCUCUCACUUGUAUCUAUAUGAUUGGCAAUUGUUUAUUUGCUACUUAUUGGUCUUCAUUUUCGUUUGUGUUUUUUUAUUUUUCAUUUCUUUUUUGUAAUUAAAAAAACAAAUGUGAUUUAAUGCAUGGUCCACCAUACCCAAGCAGUGAGGAGUUUCAAGACCUUAUGACGACUGAUAUGAAAUGAUGGAUCGGAGGGAACUGCAGAUGCUGGUUUACGCCGGAGAUAGGCGCAAAAUGCUGGAGGAACUCAGGGGGGUCAGGCAGCAUCUCUGGAGAAAAGGAAGAAGGGCCUCGACCCGAAACGUCACCCAUUCCUUUUCUCUAGAGAUGCUGCCUGACCUGCUGAGUUACUCCAGCAUUUUGCACCUAUCUUCUAUGAAAUUAUGGAAGCUGUCUUGGCCGGAGACAGUGAGAGAGGGAAACAUAUACAUAGCUAUAUAUGUUAAAGAAAAUGUACCAAUGACUUUAGAACUGAUUCAAAAGUCCAUAUUGAAUAUUGGUACUGAGAGUGCAGAGAUCGGGUGUUGGAGGGAAGGGGUGUGUGUGUGUGUGUGUGUGUGGGGGGGGGGGGGGGGGGAAUAAGUGGAAUGCAAAAAGCAACUUGAAACAGCGUAAUGCUUUUUCCUGGUGUUCACAAUCGGCUAUUUUAUGUAGAAUUUGCUUUUAAUGCACUUUAUAAACAACACGGGUGUUUAGGAAGACCCACAAACUCUCACGUUGCAGCAUAAACCAAGCAAGUUUUUAACGUAGAUGACCAGCGACUGUUUAUUGUGACACUAUUAUGAUUCUUUACUAUUUGUGCAAUGCUCUCCAAUUGCGUUGGGUAAUAUUUAAUUUCUAAUGUAGUUACAGCACCUGUCAAUGUGUGUGAUAAAAAGGAAAUAGCAUUCAUGGAAAUUCUCAUAAUUGUUGAUUUUUAUUUCUCCUUUUGGAACAAAAUGACAUAAUUUACAACAAAAAAAAGUCCAAUACAAAAAUUUUGAUUUAAACA